AUGAUGAACCAACGAUCAGCUUACGUCAGUGAUAUGGAGCCGACUCCAAGGGUAUUUAUGGUUGAAAAGACAGAUUUCCGAGGGAAACAGAGAAGUAGAGUAAUGGAUGAUAUCCGGAAAUGUAUUAUUGAUCAUCAAAGUGAAGACGGGGACUCACAAAGGGAUCUUGCCCAUGACCUUAAAGAAAUGAUGGAUGAACAUUACGGACGAUACUGGCACGUAAUUGUAGGCACGGAUUAUUCCGCAUUCAUGAGCUAUUGUCCUGGAUCCUACAUCCAAGCAAGUUACGGAGACCUUGUUGUCCUACUCUUUCGUUUGGGCUAA